CUGCUCCCUGCCCGCGAGCGCCCGGACCGAGCCGUGUGAACGUUGACUGCGCGGUUUGGUUCUUGCACCGCCCCGUAGCCGUCGCCAUGGAGACGGGCCUAGCGGCCAGACCCAGGCCCGCGCACGGGAGGCGCCUGGAGCCGCCGGCCUGGCCCUGAGCGCGCCCCGCGGGAUGAGGCAGGAGCGGGGUGCCCAGAGCCGCCUCUCACUGCGGGGAGAAGAUGAACAUCUGCAACAAACCUCCUAAUAAGACAGCUCCAGAAAAGGAGGGUGAAACAACUGCUGAAGUCCAAUCUCAGCACGCCCGAAGGAAUGGCUGGAGCUGGCCUCUACAUCCCUUCCAGAUUAUUGCCUGGCUGUUAUAUCUCUUCUUUGCUCUGAUUGGUUUUGGAAUCCUUGUGCCUCUCUUACCUCACCACUGGGUGCCUGCUGGAUACAUUUGUCCAGGAGUGUUUUUUAUCUGCCACCUAGUGGUUCAUUUCACUGCAGUCUCCAUUGAUCCAGCUGAUGCCAAUGUGCGAGAGAACAAGUACCUAGGGCAGCUGGCCACUUUCAGCCGUGACCAACAUGCUCAUGUCAUUGAAAACCGUCACUGCCAUGUCUGUGAUGUGGAUGUAAGCUCCAAGUCGAAACACUGUGGAACCUGCAACAAGUGUGUAUGUGGCUUUGAUCAUCAUUGCAAAUGGCUUAAUAACUGCGUGGGGGAGAGGAACUACUGGCACCAGUUUCAAUGUGUGAUGCUCUGGAAGGGGCAGCAGCAGGGAAAGCAGAAAAAACAUGUGUUGUUUGUCUACUGUGAGGUCAGUGAAGGCCAGGGACUACAGGAGCAGCCAGUGCUCUUUUUGAACAGCGUGGUAUCUGCCAUCCUGGGCCUCGUCCUCCUAUUGCUCAUUGCGUUCUAUGUCCUUGUGGAGUUCUUCGUUAACCCCAUGAUGCUGCGCACCAACCAGCACUUUGAAGUAUUCAAGAACGACACGGACAUCUGGUUUGUGUUUCUACCUGCAGCUCCCAUCGAGACCCAAGCUCCUGCCAUUUUGGUCUUAGCUGGGAUUCUCAUUCUUCUGGGCCUGUUAACUGUGAUCCUGUUAGGCCACCUGCUGAUCUUUCACAUCUAUCUUAUGUGGAACAAAUUGACCACCUAUGAGUACAUUGUGCAGCAGCGUCCCCGACAAGAGAUGAAAGAGGUCAACAAACAGCUGGAGUCUUGUCCUCCCCCGGUGAGGCCCACUCAGGAAGUGGAUUUUUAUGCAGGAAACCUUGGCUACACCAACCCUGAAAUACAGGUGGAAGACUCGUCAACAGUAACAUCAGGCAGAGACCUUUCAAAGUUCUGUGUCCACAACAAUGGAGCAGACCCUGAGCUCAACUCUUCUCCUGAGCUCCCAGCUCUUCAGUCCAUAGUCCACCCCCAGCAGCAGCAGAAGCAGAAGAAGAAAAAGGUGCGUAAGGUUCCAUCCUCAGUCAUGGAUGAAAGGUCCAGGACAAGCAGUCAGCCCAGGCGCCCUCUCCCAGCUACCCAACCAGAAUUUUCAGCCACUGCUGCCAUCUCAUCAUCCUCCCACAGCCUUCAUCUCCCUAUGCCAGCUUUCCCUCACAGAGCUGCCAUGUCUGCAAGCAGCAUUGGCCAGGUCCAGGCAGCUGGACCUCCUGUUGAAUACCACUCAGAGUCUGCAGAGUCCAUGGAUGAGAUCCCUGUGGCUCAGACCCGCCUGGGGAGCACUGCCCCUACGGGGGCUUCCAACAAAAGCCUUAACAACUUUCACCAUCAUUCCUUGUCCACAGCCCAUGCCAGAGGUGAUGGGGAGAAGAAUCUAUAUCCUGGGCACCUGGUAAAAAGGAAAAGCUGCCCGAGAGCCAGUGAUGGGGAACAAGAGCUGGAACUGCUCUCUAAGAUACCUGCUGUGUUUGUGAGCGAGAGCAGUGGUGAGCCUCCAGUCCGACCUGGUGAGAUAGUAUCCAAGCCCCAUCACAGGAAGUGCACUAGCAAACAGCAUGCGGAUGAGCAGGACCCACACUUGUGGGACAUGAGGACAAACACAAGAGCAGCUUAGGUAUCCGCCUUCCAAAGCUUACUUUCCAGGAUUUUGUCUUCAACGGAAGGGAAAGGCGGUUGCUUACUCUACAAAUAUGUUGGUGUCCAAAGAUGUUGAUUCCAGUGACUCAUCUUAUUCCAUGGAGUCAACUGAGUUCAGAUUCUUUGAUGGAAAGAUUCUUCUUUCCAGCAGACCAAGCUGCAGAGCAGAAGGAGACCUGUUAUGCCACCUUCCUGACUGCUGCCUACUUCAAGAUCAGCAGCAUGUACAUCAGAGCAGGGUGAGAUGUUAGCAACUCAGCUUCCUUCCCAUUACCCUGGGGAAGCAGUGGGUGUCGUUGGGGCAUAGACUGUAAUAUGGGGACUUCAGGUGUUGCCCCAUGUACUGGAGAGCCCACACCCAAACUGUGGUCACCACCAGACUGCAAUGAGACAUUUAUUGCUGCCCUACCGGGGCAAGAGCUACCAUGGUGACGGUCAGAGAAUUCUGCUUACCUUGGCACAUUACUAUGGGGUACUAUGGAAAUCUGCUUCCCCUAGGCAGAGGGACACUACCUCUCCAACUGAAACUUGUGCUGACUCCAACAUCCUGGCCUUCUGGAAAGUUGUUCUCCGUUAAUGUUGUUAGAUGGAGUAUGUGUGAAAGAGAGGUGCAUUGAGCCCAGAUAUCUGAGGAUUGCUUUCUCACCAUCUCUGUGCAUUGGCUUAUCUUGCAAAGAACCUGGACUGAGAUGGUUUGACCCCUCAGAGGGUUGAGUGACCCAUAUGUGCUAGCCACCGAAAUUAACAUGCUUAAAUCUCCAAGAGGUGAUUCCUAUGGUCUCAGUCCAGAAUGCAGUUUCCCUCUUUUAUACUGCCCAUUAGUAGCAUGGGUCUUUGAGCAUGAUGAGCAGCACAUGUGUUCGCGUGUGAGCAAUACGUGUAGGGCACUCAGCCUGAAAGCAGGGAUAGAGCCAUCAUACCACUGGUGUAUCACUGCUGGGUAAUGCCCUUGUAGUGUUCUUUCCACUUCUCUCAUCUGUUAUUGUCUGUAUCUGUCAUCUAGGUGAAAUUCACCUUGUGCAAACUCUGUGCUUGAAAUGAUCAGAAGGCUGAUUACUCCCAUUGGCCUGGAAAGGGCUGGAAAAUUCUCUCAGACAGUAGCCACUGAAUCACAACGUAUUCCUUUAUGUUCUCUCCUCAUGCAGCAAUAUUCUGAGUCUUGUUGUGUGGAGCUCCAUAAUCAGCUCUGUCCACAAUAAAAUUUUCUAUGACCUUUGCUAAUC